AUGGCGUCGACUGAUGGUACUUGGAAAGAGGAACUAYGAAAGGCGAUACAAGAAGAGAUGCGUUCUUUUUUAGAUCGAGACAAGCCUGGACCUUCGGGAUUGAAUGUCCAGGGGCCUUCCUCUUCAAAGAAACCAGAUAAAACUUUGACUUUUGAGGAAUUUUAUACGAAACGAGAGGAAGCAAGAAGAGGUGAUUUCAAGCCGAAGAAGAAGAAAAUCAAACUUAGCUCCGACAAGAAGGACUCGACCCCUAAACAAGUUGAAGUUCACUUCGUGCGCGUGGACACAACUUCUUCCAGAGAAGAUCUACUUCAAAUUGCGAUUGAGAAGCAUGCCACGUUUGACAAGACCUUUGACGAAGCUCUGUCUUACACAUUACUCUACCCCGAUUUCAGUGAAGUUCAUUACAUACCAGGAACUAAUAAUCUUUUCACCCUGUGUGCAUACAAAGAAGCCAUUGGAAAGGAGUAUAAGAGACUGACUUUMUUUUUAAUUCCUACUUGCGACAUCGAAUCUGAUGAUGAUGGCGAUGACGAUGAUUUGACAUCUCAACCUUCUUCAAGCAAAGGAAAGUCAACAAAGAUACCCUUCCCUAUUUCAGCAACAAUUGAUGACCAAAAAGCUAGUGGAGAAAAGGCUAGUGAAGUUUUGCAAAGAUUUAUCUCAAAAUCCUUGGAUACAAAAGAUGACGAAAUGGUAAAGAUAGUGAUUUCCAGGAAGGCACUUCUCACAUCAACCUUAUGUGCGAUAGAAAGGAAAAGCUUUAGUUUUAACAAGCCAUUUUUGGUUACCUUCUCUGGAGAAGAUGGUAUAGAUGCAGGGGGUCCAAAGAGGGAAUUUUUCCGCUUACUGAUGCAGAGCCUUAGAGGAAUGGGAAUCUUUGAUGGGAGUUGGUUCGCGCAUGACCUCGAGCUUCUUAAACAGAGAAAGUAUGAACUUGCAGGCAAAUUGGUUUCCUGGAGUAUUCUGCAUGGGGUUACUGGUCCAAAGUGCCUGUCAAUGGAGGCCUACUGUGUUGUUCAAGGCAAACACAUUGACCAGGCACAAGUCAUUGAGGUUGUAUCUGAUGCAAAGCUUAAAGAUAUUCUGAAGAGCAUAAAAGCAGUGAAUGAAGAAAACUUUCCUGAGGUUAUAAACAAGCAUGCUGAUGAAAUAGCAGACUAUGGUUAUUCCAGAAUUUAUACUUCAAAGUUUGGAGACAAGGAGAAGAUUAUAGAAAGUCUUCUGAAUCAGUCAUUUCUUUUCAGCGUGUAUGCUGACAUGCAGCAGUUCCGCGAAGGAAUGAAUAUGAUUGGAGGGCUUGGGGACACUGUGUUUGAGAACUACAAUGUCUUUCAAGUAGUGUUWAGUAACAACAUCGACGAACUGACGUCUGAGUCAUUAAAAAAGCAUUACACAGUCUACUUCUCGGAGGCAGGAUCGAAUAAUAGGGAAGAGGAGUUGGAAACCAUCUAUUGCUUUGAUGUAUUCCAGAAAGACCUGGAAGAARGGGAAAUAGAGGAUCUCCAUUUAUCUGAUCUACUGGUGUUCAUGACUGGAGCUGAUUCAAUUCCACCACUUGGGUUUGAUAGCAAGAUCACAGUUCAGUUCUAUGAUGUAAUAGAUGGAGAAAGGAGACUCCCAUGGUCCUCUACUUGCUCGCUGAGCCUUUACCUCCCAAGAGGAAUCAGUGAUCCUCACAAGUUCCGAAGUAUGUUGUACCAAUCACUUAUAGAAGGACAGGGUUUUGGAAAAUGCUGA